AUGCAAGCUGGACCAUCUUCUUCUACCUCUACUACUCUACACGAGCUCCAGCCUGAAGUCAUUGUCGUUGGCGGUGGCGUGGCUGGCUGCGCACUCGCCUACUCGCUCUCCCAUGCGGGGCGCAAGGUUCUCAUGGUCGAGCGAGACCUGUCUGAACCAGACCGUAUCGUCGGCGAACUGUUGCAGCCUGGCGGCGUAGCUGCACUGCAUCAACUCGGACUCGCUUCGACUCUGGACGGGAUUGACGCGACGCCAGUAGAGGGGUACUGUGUUAUCUCGGGACCGCGCGAGGUCGAGAUCCCGUACCCCGACCUCGAGUCGGUUGUCGCUUCCCCUGCCCUCAACGGUGUCAACGGUGUCGCCAACGGUACCACCAACGGACACGCGAAUGGGCACAGCAAUGGACACGCGAAUGGACACGCCAACGGACACGCCAACGGACACGCCAAUGGACACGCCAACGGACACGCGAAUGGCAACGCCGACGAGGCUUCGGCCAAGGCGGUCAUUCCGUGGUCGAUUGAGACUGCGAGCGGACGCAAGGAAGGCCGGUCCUUCCACCACGGCCGGUUCAUCCAGGCUCUCCGGUCCAAGGUGAUCAAGGACGCGCCGAAUGCGUCCGUGCUCGAAGCGACGGUCCGCGACCUCGUCUACUGCCCCCACACAUCUCACGUCAUCGGAGUGACCGUCGCACCUAAAGGCGGUGAUGGCGUGCGCAACAUUUACGCGCCGCUGACCAUCAUUGCCGACGGCUGCUUUUCCAAGUUCCGCAACGCACCAGGCACACGCAUGCCGGCCCCGGUCCUGAGGUCGCACUUUGUCGGCGUCGUGCUCAAGGAUUGCGACCUGCCCAUGCAGAACCACGGCACAGUGUGUCUCACCCCCGCUGGUCCGGUUCUGCUAUACCAGAUCGGAUACAAGGCGCGUGAGACCCGCAUGCUCGUCGACGUCAAGGGCAAGCUUCCAAGUGUGGCCGACGGGAGCCUCAAAGACCACAUCCUCAGCGAGUACGUGCCCUACCUCCCCACCGGGCUGCAGGAUGGCGUCCGCAAGGCGUUGGAUGAACAGCGCCUCCGCACCAUGCCCAACUCGUUCCUUCCCCCGUCGAUGCAGGGCCGCAGCAAGACCAUGGCCGGCGCUAUCAUGGUCGGCGACGCUUGGAACAUGCGCCACCCGCUUACGGGCGGCGGUAUGACCGUCGCGUUCAACGACGCCGUCCUCCUCACCCAGUACCUCGCGCCUUGCGAUGAGUUGCCCGUUGGCCGCGAGGGUCUGGAGCACUGGAACAUCAUUUCCGACCGCCUCAAGGACUGGUUCUGGCGCCGCAAGAACCUCGCUGGCACCGUCAACGUCCUCUCGAUUGCGCUCUACGAUCUCUUUGGUGGUGCCAAUACCGACCUCGCAGUGCUCCGUGAGGGCUGCUUCAAGUACUUUGAGCGCGGAGGCGAGUGCAUCACAGGUCCCGUCGGCCUCCUCUCCGCCCUCACUCCCCGACCAUUCAUCCUGUUCUACCACUUCUUCUGCGUCGCCUUCUACAGCAUGUACAUGCUCGUCUCUCAAGGCAUGCCAGACGACAAGGGCAAGCGGACACCACCAACCUGGCUCGAGACGCCCGGUCUCAUCUUGUACUGCUUCCAGGUCUUCUGGACGGCCUGUGUUGUUUUCGUUCCCGUCAUGGUGAGCGAACUCAAGAUAUAG